UGUCAAUGUUCUCUCGGCACGGCUCAUAUUAAGUCUACGAGGAGAAACACUGCAGGCAGACUUGCGAAAUUCAUAAACCUAAAGACAUGUUCUCUAAACUGCCGCAGAAGCUAACUUCGCCGUUCGGCAUCCUGGGUGACGACGCGAAGCUUUCAUUCAGGACGCAACCAGGAGGAAUCAGAAAGCUCGCGGAAAGCAGAGCUAUCAGUGCGACGGAUACGUAUUGGGAACAAUAUGCGACAUUAUUCGACUCUCCCUCAGACGCAUUUUCUUUGAUUUCGUCAAAUGAUAUUCGAAGAGCACUUAAUGAUGCUCCAGAGAACGUUGCUACACUCGUGCGCGUUCUGUCAACGCGUCUUUUCAAUUUGCUUCUAGAUCGUACAUUCCCCACGGCGCCAUCGUCUGGAGCAGGCUCCUUUGCAACUUCUUUCAUAAAAAAUGCGGCGACAUCAGCCGGCGUUUCGGCCGCGAGUGCUCAGCGGGAUCCCACCAAGGAAGCACUUAAUUGUCUUCGAGUACUGCAGCGAGUUCUUCCUGUAGUCUUCGAGGCUGAGAACGAAGAGUUUGAAAGGAAGCUACUUUGGCAACGCGAGGAAGUACAAGAAGACGCUGACAUAAGGAAUACCGGCACUUUGGACGACAGGCCGCAGUUUGUGAUUGAUGACGAGGACGAAGAUGAUGAUGCUUCCACUACUGGACCGCCUAAAUCGCCCUCGAGUCCCAGUCCCCAGAAUAGUUCCCAAUCAUCGACGAAGACUAAUGAGGAAAGGAAGAAAACAUCGCCAACGCUAGCAGAGCGGUUAAUAGCAUGUACUAUAGACCUACUCUUCUGUUGCGGGUUCACUCUACCCACUAAAAUUCAAGAAAGUGAUCACAAGAUUAACUAUGUCAUUUGGGAGAAAGGUGUAGGCUCGACUAUAGACCCAGGCCCUAAUCAAGCACACGAUCAAAACAAAGUCGAAGUGCUGCGAUUCCUACUUGUCCUCCUUUCAAAACAAAUCUAUAUACCACCAGGUUCACUGUUGACUGUAGCCUCUCCAUAUUCCCUCGCCCUCGUCCAGCGAACACCUAGAAGACACAUUCUUACUAUCCUAUGUUCACUGCUGAACACCGCUAUGAACUCACCCCAAUCAAGCACUUCCCCCAGAAUUGGAAGCGUUGCAGCUGCUUUGCCGUACAACCAUCUGGUUUUCAAAGGAGAGGAUGUCCGCCUUACACUAGUUGGUGAGACACUACAAGUGCUCUGUGCUUUGUUGGACUUCCAAAGCGGAGCGGCACGCGACAUCCUCAACAGCCCGAACGAUCCUUUCUCUGCGACGCCAUCAGCAAAAACGAAUGCGUUCCGCUAUUUCUUAGCUAAACUUCACCGGCAGGCAGAUUUCGUUUUUGUAGCCAAUGGGAUUAUUGGUAUUAUGGAACAGUACAUGGCUGCUAUCAAUAACGUCCUACCUGGUUCAAAGAAGCCUAUACCCCAUCUUCUCGAAACAAUCGUCUUUUUCUGGAAAAUGGUGGAGCUCAACAAGAAAUUCCGAACGUACAUCUUGGAGUCAGAGAAGGCAGUAGAUCUCAUGACUUAUCUCCUUUGCUACUUCAUGGAGUCGAAGGACAAACCCGAGCAACAUGGCUUGUGUCGUGCCAUUUCAUAUAUCCUGCAGACGCUUUCCGCUGAACCAGCAUUCAAUGCCAAGUUAUCCUCUCCCAUACGAAUGCACUUACCUGCAAAAUGGGCAUGUCAAGGAACUGCAGGCGACUUCAUGAUUAACUCGGUUUACGCCGUUGUAGCGACAACGUCCGGUAUACUGAAUUCACUCUAUCCCGCAUUAAUCAUCGCACUAUCCAAUUCGGCCCCAUACUUCAAGCAUUUGUCCGUUGUCUCGUCGAACCGCUUAGUUUCACUGUUCAAUGCGUUCACCAAUCCGUCAUUCUUGCUUUCUGAUGAAGGGCACCCAAGGCUUCUAUUCUUCUUACUGGAGGCCUUCAACGGAGUCAUAUUGAAUCACCUAAACGAAAAUCCUAACCUCUUGUACGCAAUUCUCCGUUCACACAAGUCGUUUGAAGACCUCGGGACGUUUACUCUCGCCCGAGGGCUACGGGAAAUUCGACGCGUGCAGUUGGCGAAGGAGGAGCAGGCAAAGAGACAGGCAGGAAAUGUCAAGGGCAAAACUACGGACGAUACGAAUCAAGAGGCGCCUGAACAUGAAAAGGCUCGAUUACUGUCAACGGAAGGUAGAGAUGCUCUUGGUAUUUCAGCUGAACCUGAUCUGGAAGCGCGUAUGCCACGAGAUCGACCACGACCAACCCCCACUGAUUCCGCUCCUCGCUCACCUGAGGGAGAGACGGAGCAAAAUAGUUCUGAACAACUUCCAUUGUCCCCGUCAACAAGCGAGACUGCGCAGUCGAGAUCGGAAAAGGCCAGGGGGAAGAUGAGGGAGCGCCAACGGUCUGACUCGCUCGAUGUUUCUGGAAGUUUAGAGAGGAUUGCAGCUGCAGGAAUAGGACGUAACGGCUUCGUUCCGACUCAGGAUUGGGUGACGUCUUGGCAGCAAGGCCUUCCACUUGACACUGUAUUACUGAUGAUCUCCGAGCUAUUGCCGAAGGUGCAGAAUAUCCAGUCGGGAAUAAGCUCUGCAAAUUCUACGUCUGCGAUUAUCGAUUUCUUGCGCUCAGCAAGUAUUCAGGAUGCUCUUCCUGAAACGCCAUCCCCUCCUUGCCGAAGAUUCCUAUGGUCGGACUCAUCGAUGAUCUGGCUAUCUUCAUUGAUAUGGGGCGAAAUCUAUGUACGCGGAAUGACGCCCCUGGGCAUCUGGAAUGCGACGAACGUCCGUCUUUUCCACGUCAAACAUACUCAAUCGCAGACGAGACAGAUCAGCGAGGCGGUAUCUUCCGUUGUAGGAGGUCUCGGAGGACUACUUGGGCGUGGCGGAAGUUCAGAUAGCUUAAGUACCAGAGGAAGGAAUGGACGUUGACCAGUGUAAUUUUUCUUCUUUUCAUUCAUGCAGCUAUGAAAUGUAACCG